AAAGCACCACAAGAGGCGGAUGUUGAGUAGAUUCAUGAUAAACAGACUAGCUAACGGUUGCCAUCAUUUGACUUCCCUACGAACAGGCUUGGGAUAUAGCUAUUCUCAUCACCUAAUUAAAAUUGUGUGGAAGAGACAACGCAUCAGGCUGUUGGACCUGACAGAAGAGCAGGCUCUGUAGGUGGAAACUCCCCACUGUCAUCAGCAGAGUGGCUGAGUGAGUCCAAGGCCAGUGGUGAGUGGAGCUUCUACCCCAGGCCCCCCCAUCCAAAGGUCCACCCAGCAUGUCCAGCGACCCACCUCCUCCCUACCCCGGAGGUCCCAGCGCCCCUCUUAUCGAGGAGAAGAAUGGACAGCCAGCUGUUCCGGGCUCGGCGGCCCCUGUAACGACGGGUCCUCCUCAGGGGCCCUCCCUGCCUCCAGACUAUGGCCCUCCACCCUACGAGGCCACGCUACAGCCAGGCUUCUUGCCGCCACACGUCCCAGGAGAUGGGGCCAUGCCCAUACCACAUGGUGGCUUCUACCCUCCGCCAGGUCACUUUGGCCCGGGGCAGUUUGGCCCGGGGCAGUUUGGCCCGGGGCCCAUUCAAUUUGGGCCUGUGGCAGGUCAGACGGCUCACACGGUGCUGGCACCCCCUGGGACAGCUACCACAGUGACCGUGCUACAGGGGGAGAUAUUCCAGACAGCACCCGUACAGACUGUGUGUCACCACUGCCAGCAGCCCAUCAUCACCCGCAUCAACCACAGCGUGGGCCUCAUGAACGCUGUCUUCUGCCUCUUCUGCUUCUUUGUUGGGUGUGAUCUGGGCUGCUGCUUGAUUCCCUGUCUGAUUGAUGAUCUCAAGGAUGUGAUACACACCUGCCCCUACUGCAAGGGCUACAUCUACACAUACAAGCGUAUCUGCUAACCACCAACAGACAGACACGUGUAUAUAUAUAUAUUAUGCACACAUUAACUCACAGCCCCUCAUGGUUGUAGUCGCAGCCUAUGUUCUUUCUCCAACAUUUGCUCAGUGUGUUGUGCUUCAUUUAGCCCUCCUAACUGUACCCUCACUUUCUAAAGCACUUGUUCACACACACUAUACUUACUGUAUAUCAUAGGAGGCUGGUGGGAGGAGCUGUAAAAGGACAGGCUCAUUGUAAUGGCUGGAAUGGACUCCAUGGAACGGAGUCCAACACGUUGUGUCCAUGUAUUCGAUUUGUUUGGUACUAUUCCACCGAUUCCAUUCCAGGCAUUACAAUGAGCCUGUCCUCCUAUAGCUCCUUUCACCAGCCGCCUCUGAUAUA